AUGAAGAAGCUCUCCAGCCAAGGUCAAGCUCAUACACAGGCAGGAUCGACAAGUAUUCGCCUGAAGCGAGGCUUUAUGUCGAGAAGGAUUAUAACGCCCCGAUCUUUGAAGGCAACGACCGAUGCCUCAAAGGCUAGCUGGACGCCGUUGCUUGAAGAGAAAGGUGGCUGUGGAAUUAGACAAGAUGAUGAAUUCGAAGACUGA